AUGACGGACGUGGCAUUCGUUGCGUUUGGCCGGCGAGCACGGGCUGCCCACGACCGAAAGGCAGAGCUCCGCGCCAAGCUCUAUGAGGACCUUAGCAAUGGGACGCUGAAUGAGGGCAGCACCUUGACUCCAACUCCGGAAGAGGAGGUCGAGGUGGAUGCGGAGGAAGAGGGCGGGGAACCAUGUACCAUUGAUUGGGACAACUUUGGAAGCAUUGGCAAGAGGGCAAAGAAGAGGUCUCGCUCGGAUUCAAAGAAGAAAAGUUCGAACACCAAGGGCAGCGGAUCCCGCAAGGGGAAGGAAAAGAUACCCGACGACGCGGACGAAGAGGAGUCGGCGGACAGUGAUUGCAGCGGGGGGGACGAUGAACCAGCCAAGCGGAAGAACACGGGGACCGAUCCGUGGGAUUGCAGCGACGGUGACAGCGGGGAGGAGGAGGAUGAAGAGGAGGAUGAUGAAGAUGAGGAGGUGGAUGGGUGCGCAACCUGGGCAUGCCAGUGGAGCUGGUGGCGCGCUACUUCAGGGAGGGGCGGACGAGUCCUGCUCCCUGCAUUCCCUUACUCCCCCACUCCCGCACCCCCCAUCCCCCCCUUCUCCGCCGUCCCAUCACAACAGGUGCGCAACCUGGGCAUGCCAGUGGAGCUGGCGGCGCGCUACUUCAGGGAGGGGCGGACGAGUCCUGCUCCCUGCAUUCCCUUACUCCCCCACUCCCGCACCCCCCAUCCCCCCCUUCUCCGCCGUCUCAUCACAACAGGUGCGCAACCUGGCGAGCCAGUGGAGCUGGCGGCGCGGUACUUCAAGGAGGGGGUGGACGAGGUGGCGUUUCUCAACAUCACCGGCUGCAGGGACUUCUCCCUGGGCGACCUGCCCAUGCUGGUGGUGAGUGCCAAGGGGUUGCGUGUGCGUGUGCUCCGAGCUGCUGUGUGCUCCGAGUUGCUGUGUGCUCCGAGUUGCUGUGUGCUCCGAGUUGCUGUGUGCUCCGAGUUGCUGUGUGCAUGCCUCUUGCUGUGUGCAUGCACGGGGUGA